AUGUCGGGGGCCGAAAGAGCGGCACCUAUCCGAGAAGUCCCUAGGCCUGUUGGGCGCGCUGAAACAGAUAUUGAAGCGCUUCAGAAGUCGGAGCCAACCAAGAAUACGGAUUCCAGCCGUCAUACUCGAGCAUCUUCACCAGACUUCAAUAAGCUUUUGUUAGGGAUGAUCCUCAAGCGCGAAAAAGACAAUCCAAAGAUUGGUCCAGCAUCCCACAAGGCACUUACAGAGUUUCUAGAAGACUCAAAGGCGAAAGAUGAAAGAGAGGAUAUCAAGAAACCCCUGAAAGGUUUCAGCGAUUCUUCCACGCUGAUAACUUCGAAAAGCACCAAGGACGAAAUUGCACCAAUUCUAGACAUCUCAAUAGUUGACCUAGUCUCUCAUCUAUUCUCGGAACAAAAUUCAGCUAUCUACAGCACCCCUCUGCACCAUAACCUCGAUCAUCCCAUCAAUCAAUACUUCAUCUCAUCUUCUCACAACACGUACCUCCGGGGCCGCCAAGUCGCCGCUCGGUCCAAGCUCAAAGGCUACAUCGAAACGCUUUCGCAAGGCUGCCGAUCUGUGGAGGUCGAUUGCUGGGACGGACGAGACGGGCAGCCGAUCGUCAAACACGGAUAUAGUUUGACAACCUCUAUCAGCUUUCGGUCUGUUAUAGAGACCAUCAACAAUUAUGCCUUCUUUGCUUCUGACUUGCCUUUGUGGCUAUCACUGGAAGUACACUGUAGCCCGGCGCAGAGAGAUAUCAUGGCACGUACCAUGCUUGAGAUAUUCAAGUCAAGCUUGGUAGUUGAACCACUUGAUGCAUCUUCACAAAAACUACCAUCUCCUAAUCUGCUUCGGGGAAAGAUCCUGCUGAAAGUCAAGGUAGCUCAAACUCCAGAACCACUUCAGGAAGCACUUGCACCUGAAUACUUGAACUUGGACGGUCUUACGGAAGAUGUUGAGAACGACGAUCACCAGUAUCAUCCAGGCGAUUUACUACAGAGUCUCGCAGUGUAUGGAGCUAGCAGACGACUACCGAAAGACGCAGAGUUCGACACGCAUAGGAACUUCAUCUACUCUGUCUCCGAGCGAAACUUCAAGAAACACACCAAAGACAACUGUUCGCUUGAAUUAGCGGGAACAAGUCAUCUUGUUCGCGUAUAUCCGGAUCCGAACAGGGUUGACUCAUCCAACUUCGACCCCCUCCAAUGUUGGAGACAAGGCGUUCAGAUGGCCGGUCUGAAUUGCCAGACGGAUGACUUCUACAUGAGUUUGAAUCAAGCAAUGUUUCAUGGGAGCUUGGGAUAUGUGCUAAAAGCUUCACCGCAAUCAACGCAGAUACGUCUCCAAGUCGAUGUUCUCAUGGCACAGGGCCUCAAGGUCUCAACAGGGUACGGGCCGGUCUACGCCAAGUUGAAGUUGUUAACACCCGAUACAACGAGCCAGAAAACACGGACGACAGCUAUUUCUGUACAAGGCUUGGAUGUGGUCUUUGAUGAGAACUUGGAGAUGUCGAUGAAGACUAACUACCCUCAUCUUACAUUCCUGCACUGGUCAAUUAAGACCAUGUCCAACAGUCGCUCCAUGUCAAUCACUUCAGGCACUGCUAAGCUUCAGAAUCUGAAGGAGGGAUAUAGGGUCCUCCCCCUGGGUGACGCGUCAAAUAACGAGGGGCGACUGCUUGCAUUUACACCUUCAACGCAGUAA